AUGUCGUUGCUGGAUACAGUGGAAUUGCAAGGUAUCCGCAGUGUCGGAGUGGGACCUCAAAAUGCUGGUGUCAUCGAAUUCCUCUCACCGCUAACUAUUAUAUGUGGGCCGAAUGGAGCUGGGAAGACGACAAUCAUUGAAGCGCUUAAAUAUGUCACAACUGGAGAACUACCGAAAGGAAGCUUUCAAACGUUUAUUCACGAUAUGCGGUUAGCUGAUAGAUCUCGAGUGGAUGCAUCAGUGAAGCUCAAAUUCAAAGACAUUAGAGGGAGAUCUUGUGUUGUGACUCGUCGUAUAAUGCAGUCAAAGGGUGCUAAGGGUAAAAUAACGAAUAAAUCAGAAGAGAGUACGAUUGCAAUCGAAAAAGAGCCCGGUGAAUGGAAAAGCUUAUCAUCAAAAGUUGUUGACUGUAGGAAAGAGAUUUUAAAUCUUCUUGGCUUACCUACAGCAAUUUUGGAAUAUGUGGUUUUCUGUCACCAGGAAGAAUCUUCAUGGCCGCUUGAUGAGCCUAAAAAACUGAAAGAGCGCUUUGACGAGAUUUUUCAAGUGACUGGUUAUGUGAAAGCAAUUGAAGCCCUGAGAAAGGAAAUGAAAGAAAAUCAGCAAGAAUUGAGAAUCACUGAAGGUAGGCUACCACUUCUCAUCAGACAACAGGAAGAGAAGAUCGAACUGCAUAAUGAAUACGUCAGUCUGAAAGAGAAAAUAGCGGAAAAUGAGAAAGAAAUUUUGCUAAAACAAACGGCACUCAAGGAAGAUAAUGCUAAGAAAGCUUUGAAAGUUGCAGAAAUUGAUGAAGCAGAAAUGUUAAAGAAGAAACACGAUAUGAUGGAAGCGGAAAAGCAAGUACUUGUUGAUCAGAUUGAAUGCUGCUCGGCAUUAGAUUACGAAGGAGGAAUCGAAAAUUUAAAACGUGAAAUUGAAUCGGUUAUUCAUUCUGAUGAGUUUAAAGAUAUGGAGCGAAGUCGUAAUCUUAUUAAUGCUGAGAUUGAUAAAGUUAACGCAGAAAUUGAAGAUUAUGUAAUAAAGAAAAAAGAAAUCGACAGAAUAAUUGUACAGCUGAAAAGUGUUCAAAUGAUGCGUGACAAAAUGAUUGUGGAAAGAGAGCAGUGUUUGGAAGCGUACUGCUCACGAUUCAAUUUAAGAAAUGAUCAAACGGAAACUCUGAAGCAGUUGCAUUGCUUGAUUGAAAAACGGAAGGAAGAUAUCAAUAAAUUUACGAGUAGAAUGGAAGAAAAGCAAACGAAUUGCCAGAAAGAAAUUGAUAGCAUUUCGGGAAUUUUAGCUGAAAUUACAGCAAGAAUAGAAAUGAGGAAUGAGGAGAGUAAACGACUGGAAGAAGAUAUUGCUGCAGUAAAGUGUAACUUAAUGGAAGCAGCUAGUUCAUCCGAGAAGCUCGAUCACUUGCAAGAUGAAAUAUUAGAACAAGAAAAGGUUCUAGAAGAAAUGCGGAAAAGCGAGGAACUGGCAGUUAAUGUUGAAGAUUUAAAAAACAAACGAGAUGGAAUUACAAACAAAAUAGAAUCGCUCAAGAAGGAAUACUGGAUGAGAGAAAAUGCUGAAGAAAUUGAAAAUAAGAUCAAACAAAAAAGUGGUGAAUUGAUGAAAUUCGAAAAAGAACUCUGCACACUGAAGGAUAAGCAUCAGAUUGCUUUACUGGAUAUAUUUAGUGCCAAGGAACCUGAGUUUCCUUUGAGCGAUCGACUCACCAUAUAUGCUCGAAAAGCAGAACAAAAUUUGUCAGCAGCUGAAGAUGAAUUUAAAAUUCGUGAGAAAGAGGUAUCCCGAGCUCAGUUUGCUAUAUCACAGAUUGGUCGAGAAAUGGACCAACUGACUGAUCAGAUUGCAUCAUACAGGCGGAAAAUAACAAAGGUUGUUACACAUGAAAAUGAGGUGGAAACGCGUUUGGAUGAAAUCAGAACGCUUCUUAGGAAAUCGCAGCAAGAUUCAGGGCGUGUUGAUGGCUGUGCGUUCUUAUAUGAACAGUGGGAGGAAGAAGUUAACGCGAAAAAAUGUUGCCCGCUUUGUGAACAUUCAUAUAGCAGUACAGAGGAUUCCAACGUUCUUAAAGAAAAAAUAAAGCAAAAAAGGAAAAAUUUCACUAAGGAUGCCGAAAAGUUGAUUCGUAAAGUGAAAGAUUACGAAGCAAUGCAGAAUGAGCUUAUGGAAAUUGUGUCUUAUGUUGGGAUGUUGAAACAAUCAAAUAGCGAGAAAGAACAAUUGCAGGAAAACUUGAAAAAAGCGGAAGAAAAGUUGCAUGAUGUGGAAGUAGAAUUUUCGAAGUCGAAAUCUGAAAGAGAUAUCAUUUUGCAAAAGCUGAAUGUAGUUCGUGAUGUUCAGGUUGAUGCUUCUCUGAUGGAUAAUAUUUGGAUGUCAUUAUCAGAUGCGAAGCACUGUAUGAAAUUGUUAAAAGCAGAACUUGGCGUUGCUGAAUGUGCAGAACGCUCAUUAAGUGAUAUAAGAAAUGAAAUAAGAGAGAACGAAGAACACUUCACAGAAUUGAUCAGUAAACUCGACAUGAUUCAGAUAGCAGCUUCUGAAAGGAACAAACUUGUUGAAAAGUUAAAUGCAUCGAAAGAACUUCGUACUGCUUUAAAUGAAAAGAUAGUGCAGCUUGAUUCAAUAAAAAAAGUGUUAGACGUUAAAGAGAAAGAAUUAGAAGCGAGUAAACAAGAUUUGCAAAAGCUGAAAACACAAAAACCGGUUGUUGAAGCGGAAUUGCAGAUGAAGAAAAAGGAGCGGAUUAUUAUACAAAAUGAAACAAAAAAUAAGGAAGCAGAAUUGUUGUGCUCAUUACGGGAUGCAGAAGAUGCUGCAAGGGAAAUAGAAGCGAUAGAUAAAAAACUGCAAAAUGUUGCGGACAGUUCUGAUGAUUUAAAGGACCACGAAAAUGAGUUGUCAAAAAUAGAUGCCGGAAUUGGUGUAAGCAACGCUAAAAUGCGCAACUUGACCGAACAAAUUGAUCAUUUAAAUUCAAAACAGGAACGUAAACGUCGACUGGAUGAUCAACUUCGGAAGUUGGAAUUACGAGAACGAGUCAAAAGUUUAAAUAAAAGCUUGGAAGAAACAGAAUGGCAUGGUACAGCAAUCCCAGAACUGAGGAAAGAAUUGAGUUCACUUUCAGAUCAAGAUUUGGCAAAUUAUAUACGAGCAGUGGAUGAGUCUGUUGUGAAAUUCCAUGCGCAAAAAAUGGAAGAAAUCAACGAAGUGUUGAGUUCCUUGUGGGAACAAGUGUAUCACGGCAAUGAUAUCGAAACUAUACAAAUCAAAUCUGAAAGCGCUGGCGAAAGUGAAAAAAAGAAAUCAUAUAAUUAUCGCGUGGUAAUGCAUGUUGGUGGCACUGAAAUUGAUAUGCCAGGGAGGUGUAGUGCUGGCCAGAAGAUGCUCGCAUCGAUAUUGAUACGAAUUGCAUUGUCAGACGUUUUCUGUGAUAAAUGUUCGAUCAUUGCACUUGAUGAACCAACUGCAAAUCUGGAUGUGUUGAAAGUAGAGAAUUUGGGCGACAUGUUGGCAGAUAUCAUUUCGGCACGAUGUGCAAACAAUGCUAAAAUGUUUCAACUUAUUGUCAUAACACAUGACAACCGUUUUGUGGAACAUCUUCGGCAAUUAUGUCGACCGGAAUGGGUUUAUUCAGUGUCAAAAGAUGAUGCAGGUUAG